AUGAACUUCGCCAACGACAUAGCUCCCAAACCAACAGCACCGCCAACAACAUUCAACCUCAACCGACGAGCAACAUCAAAAAAUGAGGUGGUAAUAUCAAUCGCACCUGACGCUGUUUGUGGAUACAUCUCGGAGCGACCUGGUGCCCAAAGAGCUUGCCCGGUAGAUCACAACUGCUACUUCAUGAAGUUGCUGUCGACUGGAAAUAUUGCAUGUUGCGACAACGUGACUUGUAAUUACAAUGCCAAUUGCAUAAACUCUCGAGAGUACUUUCAGUCGAGUAAAUGUACUGGCGGCUGUGAAGUCGACAACUACACUCUGAAAUGUCCUUACCAGCCUUUGGGAGAGCCUGCUGAUGGGAAGUAUAGCACCGGUUCCAGUGCUCCCUAUUGCAAUACAGUCUCAUGGAAAGGAAAUAUCACCGACUAUUGGUGUAACGGCAUUGACAUUACGACGGCACAAAGUGCUGCUCUUACCUACAGAGGCCAAAAGGACCCCCCGGAAUUUUCUACACUGAAUCAGGAAGAGUUGAGUUCCUUGGAAUCGCAAAUGAGUGAAGCAAGGACAGCAGGCACCGCCUAUGGAGUCCCAAAGCAAACAUCAGAGCAGACAUCAGGGUCGACUGCCACUGAGACCAACGCCGAUGAUGGUGGCAGUUCAGAGACACCAGUGGCCGCAAUAGUAGGGGGUACAGUCGGUGGUGUUGUUGUGCUUGCUGCUGCAGGUCUGGGACUCUUCUUCUUCCUCCGUCGCAAGAAGAAGAAGCAGAGCAAAACUGCGAGUCCACCAGGUUUCCAGCAAUCAGAGAACAAGUCUCACUGGUCUCCUGGACAGCAACCAGGUGCGCCUUAUUAUUACGGCCCAAACAAUCCCCAGAGCAAUAUCAGCCCCAACUCACAAUGCGUGUAUCCUCAAGCUGCUGGGUUUCAGCCUCAGCAGAAUGUUAUUCAUGAAGCUGGUGGUGAGGCUGUAGAUCCGAGUAGCCAACCCCAGGAGCUUCCAGCAAACAAGAAAGAGCCAGCGGAACUUGGAUAA